AUGACAUUGACUCUUCUUGGAGACGUCGUCAUCAGCUUCCUGCUCACUGCCGUCACCGACCAAGUCGGGAGACGAAAGGUCCUUGCCACCGGGGCUACAUUGAUGGUCAUGAGCGGGUUAGUUUUUGCUUUAGUCGGGAAUUACUGGUUACUCCUCAUUGCCAGUAUUUUGGGGGUCAUCAGCCCAAGCGGCAACGAAAUCGGACCUUUUCGCGCCGUUGAAGAGUCGAUUCUCGCGCAGCUCACCGACAAGGAAAGGCGCAGUGAUAUCUUCGCUUGGUACACUCUCUUUGGCUCAGCAGGUGCCGCUCUGGGCACACUCACCUGCGGUUGGGUGGUACAAGCGCUCGAGGCCAAUGAGUCUUGGACUCAGAAUGAAGCAUACAGGGUCGUGUUUCUGAUAUAUGCGGCAAUCGGCUUAGUCAAGUUAAUGCUCAUCUUCACCCUCACGUCUGGUGUUGAGGCGACACCGUCAAAAUCCGACAGUCCUGCUAUCCAAAGGGGCAACGAAACCCAACCUCUGCUUGGUGGCAACUCAAACAGUGAAGACAGCCAGUCUAGGCCAUCGACAGACGCAGAGUUCCGUCGGCCCACAGUUAUUCAGCGCACGAGGGCUCUACUCCCUUAUAUCUCUCCACUUUCUCGAUCGAUACUGUUUAGACUCCUCAUUUUAUUCUGUCUCGACUCGUUCGCCUCUGGAAUGGCGUCGCCAUCUUGGAUGACUUACUUUUUCACUACCGUCCAUUCUCUACAGCCGGGAACGCUGGGGACUCUAUUCCUAGUCACCAACCUUCUCGCCACCAUUUCGAAUCUCAUCGCACUUCCACUUGCCCGCCGCUUAGGACCACUCAAGACUAUGGUUUUCACUCACCUCCCUUCUGCUAUCUUUUUGACAAUGAUCCCUCUUCCAUCGCCAGGAUCUGGUGGAACAUGGACGGCGAUGGCGCUUCUGUCCCUAAGAGCGUGUUCACAGAGCAUGGACCAAGCCCCUAGGCAGGCCUUUCUAGCAGCUGCAGUUCUCCCCAACGAAAGAACCGCUGUGCUGGGUGUCGUCAAUAUCGUGAAGACCUGGGCUCAAGCGGGUGGUCUCGGUUCAGCAGGGUACCUCGCCGGGAAGAAGCUUUGGAUCGUGGUAUUCACGGGAGCAGGAAUCAUGAAGGCGUGCUAUGACCUGUUGAUGCUCGGUUUAUUCUUGGGUCUCAGAGAUCGCGAAAAUGGCAGCUCGAAGUCCUAUUCGAGAGACGAGGAGGGCCCUUGA